UGGCGCCAUCUUUUACCGAGCUUUUGAAACACAGCCCAGAAUAAACUCACUUGGUCAUGACAUAAUAAUAUCUAUACAGUCCAUUUUGUGAGAGGCGUGCACGCCUCCACACACGGGCAGAUUUGUUUAGGCAUGCAAUUAAUCACAUGUCCAAAUUUUGUUUUCUUUAUGUCUGCGAAUAGCUUUCUGAAAUUAUAGAAAUUACGACAAAAGCUAAAUAUGAAGUCAGAGAAUGAUUUAAGAAACCCUUAUCGUUAACUUAAAAUUUUUUCAGUGUACGUAGAAAACUGCAUAGUUAAAAUGCAUUAAAAAACAAAAUAAUGAAUUAUUACAGAUCGUCUUUAACAACGAUGUAUGGAAGAUUCUUAUGUUUUUAUAAUUUGAUUAUCCAUUUUCAUCUCCCAAUCAUAGUGUGCAUAAUAAAAUGAGUGGCAGUAAUGGGGAGGACAAAGUUUCAUGUGCCUUAUUAAUUGUAUUUUUUCACAUUUUUUGUGGCCACCUGUUGUAUGAAAUAUAAAAAAGAAAAGAAAGAAUAUCAUUCAAACUAAAUUGUUACAUUUUUUACUGUUUUUUAACAGCACUAGCCGUUAACCCGUGGAACAAUCCAUGGGUUCCACUGUCCUUUUUUAUACCGCAUUGCGUGCGUCUCGCUACUUGCGCAUUUAAGCUACCACUUUGCGUGACAGACAGACAGACGUAUAUUUUAAUAUAGAUUUAUCAAUUAAGUCCUGGGCACUAACUUGUGAGAUACAUGUCAAUAACACCUGAAAAUGAUACCUGCCAUACUGCUCUAUUACCAGAAGCAAAUCAUUUCAAUAUGCCCAAUGUGAUUGCAAAGAUAUAAAUAGAUUAGAAUAACAUUCAACACAGAAGAAAAAUUGAUCUCCAGAAUUGUGUUUUAGAGAGAGUAAGGUCUUGUGUUCUUUUAAAAAACUUUAAAUUUGUGUUAUUUGCGUCAUUUGUGAAAGGAAACUGUCAAAUAUUUAUAUGUUCCGUUCAGUAGCCUUUUUUGAUUUUAUAAUUCAAGCUUUUAUAUAUAUUAUAUAAUGGUCUUUCGAAGAAAUAAAGUAAAAAAAACAAUAAGUAAAAAAAUAAAAAAGUCUUUGAUAGUAAGGGAAUAUGAUUGUAGUGAGGAAUUUCAUGAUCCAUCCCUAGCAUUGAAAUAUUAAAUUUUGUUAUUAGCCACGCUUCAACUUUCCGUAAUUUAAUUUAUUUUAAAUAUUGUUUGUCCCACAAGUAGGCCGUAAACUUUGUUAGAAAUUGCUCUUCGCAUGUUCCCCAUGCCAAAACCAAGCCGCUGGGCAGUGUAAGGGAUAAAGGAAUUUUGGUCUUACUUUUGUUCUUGAAAAUUUAAAUUUUAUCAUCACAUGCCUACCUAAAACCUUACAAAAUGGCAUGUCUAUAUUAUUCAAUGACAAUACCUGAACAGAUAAGUGGUAAUAUUUUUUAAGGGCUUCCCAGGUCUAUCUUCUUGCAGCGCCAUGUUAAAAUAGGAAGUAUUUAAAUCCAAUUUAUCCAAUGCAUAUAUUAGGUAAAUUAUAUUUAGAGCUACAAUAACAAAAUUAUCAAAUAUAAAGUUAAUUUCAACAGUUUCGCCUAAGCUGUGCACAUAUAUAGUUUUCAAAUCUUUUGAAUCUUACUUCACUUACUUUAAACAGAUUUUAUACUUGUGCAACAAAGAACUGCUGAUGCUUACAAUUCUAUUGAAAUCAAGGAGUUCAUAUCGAUACAAAGUAACACAAAUUGUAAACAAGUUCAUGAUGCCUCCUAAAUCUAAAAAACAAAAUAACAAACAAAAGAACAUUGCAUCGUUUUUUACAAAACCUGGAAAACGAAGUAGUGAUAAUAAAAAUAACGAUGACACCCCAUCCUUUAAAAAGACAAAGACAAACCUGGAUACUUCUCCACCACUUUCACCGGAUCAAAGGAAAAGAAUAGAAGAAAACAAGAAAGAAGCUUUAAAAAAACUGGAACAUAAUGCACAACAGGGAAUUGACAUGGGACAUUCAUGGAAAGUAGCCUUACAAUCUGAAUUUACAAAGCCAUACUUUCAGAAGCUUCAAGAUUUUUUAAUUGCAGAAAGAAAAAGAGCUACUAUAUAUCCCCCUGAAAAACAUGUGUAUAGUUGGACAAGAUUUUGUGACAUACAAGACCUUAAAGUUGUUAUUCUUGGACAAGAUCCGUAUCAUGGACCAAAUCAAGCACAUGGUUUGUGCUUCAGUGUACAAAUUGGAGUACCUGCACCACCAAGUCUUGUCAACAUGUAUAAAGAAUUAGCAAGCGACAUUCCAGGAUUUAAAAAGCCAGAUCAUGGACAUCUAGUUGGUUGGGCAAAACAAGGUGUGUUGCUACUGAAUGCAUGUUUAACCGUUGAAGCAAGUAAGCCGAAUUCUCACAAAGAUAAGGGUUGGGAGAAAUUUACCGAUGCCACAGUAAAGUACAUCAACGAUAAUUUAAAUAAUGUUGUGUUCAUCUUAUGGGGAGGAUAUGCUCAGAAGAAAGGAAAAUUCUUGAACAAAAACCGCCACCUUGUUUUAACUGGCGUACAUCCUUCUCCAUUGUCUGCUCAUCGUGGUUUUUUCGGUUGCAAGCACUUCUCGAAGGCGAAUGAAUAUUUGAAGAAAAACAGAAACAAAGAAAUAGAUUGGUCGUAUUUGCCAGCCAGUUUGUGACACUAACAUUGCUGCAGCAUAGUUUGUAUGUGCGACCACACUAGACGCUUGACAAGAAUUUUUUUAGAAAAAUUACUUGACGUUACUUGUAAAUCAACGUUUUAUAUUUUGUUCAUAGUUUUGUUAAUACUACAAAUAGAGUAGAUGUGUAAAAAAUAGAAGUGGAGAAAUUGUAAUCUCUAUA